AUGGAGAGCAUAAACGACGUGAUCAUGCGGCACACGCCCCUUGUAUCUGCUACAAAGCAUCAGGCCACUCAGUUCCUUAUAAGGAGGGCUGGCCUGGCCGGUUCAUGUAACGCCAAGGAGGAGUGCUUCGAACUAACAACGGAGAAAGACUGCUUUCGUUCGGACACGUUCAUGGUUACUUGUCCCGUUUUUCUUGCAUGCUACCAGUCCUAUUAUUCUCAGGAGGAGUUUGAUAAAUUGAGGUUCUGGACUCCUGGAAUUGCAUUUACUGAAACCAACGAUCCAGCGCCGGUAACGGACUGUGUUGAUGAGUCUGCCUUUGACGAGGACGGCCCGAGCGUUAUGGCGCUUCAUGAUGAUGAGUCUCCACACGUCAGUCUCGUCUCGGGACUUCACUUCUUUGUUACCAAGCCUAGCCCGAAGCUAGUAACGGCCCGCGUGAACACUUCAAUCGUUGCCAUGUGUCGUAGCAAUCCGUAUCCGGUUAACGCGAUUCCUAUAGUCCGAAACAACUGGAUCUAUAAGCAGAAUGUCAUCCUCUUAUGCGCUCAGAAUCUAUCCUACACCAGCUUUGCAGCAUCCUCGGUAGACCAGCUUCUUACCAAUUUGGCCGAGAAGUCUGGAAACGCUAACUUGAAACGUUGUAUAGAAGAGGAACUUCAGUCAGAGCUGCCGUGUCCAGGAAAGAUAGGUAGGGGCGUCUCCAGACUGCCAGAGUCUCUAGUUACAACUGGUAGCGAAGGCCCACUAGUUUUCAGCGUAGCCUGCGAUACAGGUCAGACUGACGAUCAGCGAAGCUACAUCGAUCUGCAGCCUGUACAGGUCUUCCACGUCGAGCAGCCCAAGAGUGGGCAGGAGAAGGUAAUUCCAUUUACACCCUUUACUGCACGUGACAAUGUGGUCAGUUUCCUAGACGUCCUCUAG